CAAGCCCCAAAUUGCAAUUUGCCAGCUCCAUGAUGUUUUCCCGCCUGUCAAAAGCGCUUCAAGCGACGCGCAGCCUCUCCACGAAGUCGUGGCUCGAGGCUGUGCCCAUGGGCCCUGCCGAUCCCAUCCUCGGUUUGACGGACAAGUUCAACAAGGACACGGACCCACGCAAGGUGUCGCUCGGUGUCGGCGCGUACCGUGACGACAACGGCAAGCCGUAUGUGCUUCCGUCGGUGUGGGAAGCCGAAGACCGCCUCCUCAAGGCCAAGAAGAACAAGGAGUACUCUGGCAUUGGUGGCACCAAGGACUUUGUGGACCUGUCGUUGAAGUUUGCCUACGGCGACGACUCCAAGGCCCUUCGUGACGGCCGCGUCGUCGGCGUCCAAACCAUUUCCGGCACGGGUGGAUGCCGCUUGGCUGGCGAGUUUUUCGCGCGCUUUCUUGGCAAGAACACGGCGAUCUACCUCCCCAACCCCACUUGGGGCAACCACAUCCCCAUCAUGAAGGAUGCGGGCUUGGACGUGAAGCGCUACUCGUACUUUGAACCUGCGUCCCGUGGGUUGAACUUCUCGGGCCUGAUCAGUGACUUGCAAGGCGCGCCGUCCAAGUCGGUGUUCCUCUUGCACGCGUGUGCCCACAACCCCACCGGCGUCGACCCGACAUUGGACCAAUGGAAGGAAAUCUCGGCGGUCAUGAAGGCCAAGGAACACAUUGUCUUCUUCGACUGCGCCUACCAGGGCUUUGCUUCCGGCGAUGCCGACCGCGACGCCGCCGCCCUCCGCCUGUUUGUCGAAGACGGGCACAACGUGGUGCUGUCGCAGUCAUAUGCCAAGAACUUUGGCUUGUACGGCGAACGCGUGGGAGCGUUGAGCAUUGUGUGCAAGGACGCCGACGAAGCUGCCCGGGCCGAGUCCCAGCUCAAGAUCCUGAUCCGCCCCACCUACUCGAACCCACCCAUCCACGGCGCGCUGCUGGUGUCCACCAUUCUGGGCGACGACACGCUCAAGAAGCAAUGGUACUCGGAAUGCAAGGGCAUGGCCGACCGCAUCAUUUCCAUGCGCCGCCUCUUGAAGGAAAACAUCGCCAAGGUGGACGGGUCCACGACCGAAUGGAACCACAUCACAGACCAGAUCGGCAUGUUCUGCUACACGGGCCUCACCGAGCCCCAGGUCGACCGCAUGAUCUCGACCCACCACAUCUACCUGACCAAGGACGGCCGCAUCAGCAUGGCCGGCGUCACGUCUAAGAACGUCGAGUACAUUGCCCAGAGCAUCGCCGAAGUCGUGCAACACGCGUAAUAUGAGAGCAACUUACUUGUUGAUUGC